AUGAUGUUUUGGUUUUCUUUAGGUUCACCAGGUGAAACAAUUAUAUUUGCUCCAAGCUCUUUAUAUGAACUUGAAGAUCCGUUGCGAUUAAUCGCUACUGGUAAUUUCAAUGGGGAUAAGUAUACGGAUCUUGUUAUUUUUUAUUUAUCCGAAAACACUAUGCAGAUACUCUUUGGUGGGACCAAUGGAAGUUUUAAACAACAAGUGUUACCUCGAACUUUACAGGGUGCGGUAUUGUCAAUUGAAAUUGCAGAUUUCAACGGUGAUAAACAUGCAGAUAUUGCCAUGAUUUACGCGCACGACUACGGUUUAAGUGUGAUACUUGGGGACGGAAAAGGAAAUUUUGGAUCGGAAACAGGUUAUCGAACUACUGAAGAUUCGAAGUUGGUAGCUGUCGGUGAUUUUAAUGGAGAUAGUCUUUUGGAUAUCAUCGCUCUCACUCUAGCUGAGAAAGUUGACGUGUUCGUAGGCUAUGGUAAUGGGAGUUUUUCGAUGAAAACGAGCUUCUCCUUAGGUGGUGAACCGAGAUCAGUUGUUGUCGGUAAUUUCAAUGGUGAUAAGUACACAGAUUUUGCUGUUAUUCGUACGGACGAUACAAAUGGGAUGCAAAUGACUGCGAGUAUUUUUCUGGCCUGUGCAAAUGGAACUUUUCAAGAACGAAAACUUUUUCCACACGAUCAUUAUGCAUCAACAAUAGCUGUUGAAGAUUUUAACAAUGAUAAAUAUAUGGAUAUCGCUGUUACUAGUUAUAUACAUCAUAAUGUGAUUAUUUUUUUGGGGGAUGGUAAUGGAAGUUUUACAGAACAAAUAAUUAAUUUGCCUCGUAGUAUGCCGUUACUUAUAGAUGCUGGUGAUUUCAACGGCGAUAAUUAUAUAGAUCUUAUUAUUAGUCAUUUGAAUAGUAAUGAUCUCAGUGUAUUCUUUAAUUAUGGUAAUGCAACUUUUCAAAAGCAAAUGACAGUUAAAACUACAAAUGAUCCGACAUAUGUUAUUCAUGGUAUUCUCAACGAUAAUAAUCGACUAGAUAUUAUUAGUACUCGUAUCUCUGAUAGAUAUUUCUCUAUUAAUCUAAACACCUGCUAA